AUGUCUUCCGAUGUAGCAGACCUUCUGAAGAUAAUCGAAAAGGCCCAGGCACAGGGUCUUUGCCCAAACCGAAUCUGGCGGGCCGGUUCGAGGUUCAGCGGUUGGCGUGCGAGGCUCUUGAAGCCUCUGCAAAGCUUUUGCGACAGUCUUCCAGAGAACGUCCUCUCGCAUGAAGACCACUCGGCGUGCACCCUAGACUUCUGCGAGUUUUCAAGUCGAAACUUCACGGCUGUCAGUCAGUACCACGAGCGAUACUCCUACCAAGCAGGGGACCAAACGAUAGUUGCACAGCAACAUGGCAGUUCCAAGGUCUGCUUUCCGAUCGAGGGCCUUUUCAACGAAGCCUUGUUGGUGAAAGCGGUCGAGUCCGGGAAACUCACCGCUUGGAACCUCGAUGGGACAGCCACUCUAGAGCAUCCUUUACCAUUCAUGGCCAUCUCCCACGUCUGGUCAGACGGCACCGGUGCCGGAGCAUGGUCCUCGAGACAGGUCAAUUUCUGUUUGUAUAAGUACUUCCGAGACAUCGCCGAGAGGUUCUCGUGCUGGGGGAUCUGGUGGGACACCCUAUGCAUCCCUCAGGAUCGAGUAGCCCGUGCAAAGUCGUUGAGUUUCAUGGAUUUGAACUACGCGUACGCGCGAAUCACCCUCGUGCAUGACCGCUUCCUUCGCAACUUAAUCUUCGAGGGACCGGACGCAGCCUGCUUUGCCAUUGUCAUGUCGGCUUGGUUCACACGAGGCUGGACGGCUCUUGAACUGGCCCGAUCUCGCAAAGUGAAAGUAGUCUUCAAGGACUCAAUCAAGGAUCUCGACUACGACAUUCUAGACAGGGUAGAGAAACACAAUAUUGCGGCUGGCACUUUACGGAAUCUCAGAAAUGCGCACGUCUCAGGAGUAGACGAUCUUCUCAAUACACUAGGGUCCAGAUAC